AUGGCAGCCCCGCCACCCAUCAUCCAGCCAAAGGUCUCAUACGGAAGAACCUAUGAGGCAGACCUAGGCGUACAUGCAAUCAUCCUGGCAUCGAUGAGGAAGGAUCUCGCCUACAAGCGACUCGACGCAUUCGUUGACGCAUUUGGACGCUUCCACGCGGACCAUGACGCCAAUGAGAUCCAUUUCCAACUGAGCAGAUCCAAGUCACGGACAAAUAGUAGCUACUACCUGUGGCGCAAGGUCCGCUCAGCCCAGAAAAUAUGCAGGAAUGGAUUAACCAAACGCAUGGAGAUGCGACGGUACUCGAAUCGACCGAGGAAGACGCAGAUACCGGAGAUCUGCAAGAGAAAGGAGUUCAACAACGAGGAUUGGCGGUCGACCAAUUGCCCCGACAAUUUCCACAGCCAAGGAUCUCCCCCACAACGGGCUCGAAUCAACCUCAAUGACGUGUUUGGCAACGCGUCCGAGUACAAUAUCCCGAUUCUAGAUUACGACAACGAGCGAAACGUCGUAACCGGUUCGGAACCCGGCGCGGAUAAGCCAGACGUUCACCCGGCAGUUCCCAAGACUACAACCAUUGAUGGCGGCGCAUCCUACAAGACCACCAUCACCAACUUGAACCAAAAACGUUUCAGGGAGGUAGAACGGUUCACAAAGAACCCGAACACAAUGCUGGAGAAUCAUGAUAAGCGACUGAAUGACAUCGCCGACGCAGUCAAGUCCCUGAAGGGACUGGUGAAGCAGCAACAGACCCACAUUGACGCCUUCCACACAACGUACGCAGCAAAAAGCGAGGUCAAUAACGUCAAAGACGAUAUUCUGCUCAACAUAAACAAUAAAUGGCAGGAGGGCCGGAACGUGUUGCGGGGCGGAUACAACACGUACAUGGCUAACAUGAAAAUCCACGAAGCCGUCUGUGAUGCACCACCAAAGACGACAGCUGACGCCCCGACCGCCAAGUCAAAGGGCCAGAAGAAACGAGAACGAGCGAAAAAACCAAAGCAGGUGGAACAGGCGGGCGAAGAGGACGCAAAGAAGGUCAAGAAGGAGGAAAUACGGGGACACACGCUAAAGGGCAUAGAGACCCGAUGUUGGGAGGAUAAAUACAUCAGAAGGCGUCGGAAAAAGGGUCCCGUUGAGGGCAACGGGACGAGCGAAGAGGGCAGUUGCUACUUCAAGGCCGGCUACUUGCAAGGCGACUGUCCGUCUGGGGUGCACUUCUUUGGUCUCCACGCCGCGCACAACGAGGGCGACAUUGGCGCCGCUGCACUAGCAGCACCGGCCCUUUUAAGUGGGGGCGUCCUUCUUGUUAUUGUUAGCCACGGUCUCCAACUGCUGUGCGUCGUUGAAACCAUCAAACUCGGUACGCCUGAUAGCUGCCACAAUUCUAUCAACAACCAGGCCGUCGGCAGCUUCUGGCAGGCCAGCGGCUUCUUCAUGUUCGGGAAGAGCAUUCACAUCUUUUUCUACGCGCAGGCAGAUUGCCAGGGCGCAUCAGUCGAUCUUGACUUGGCCAUCAAAGCUGGCUGCCAGGCGGGGAAUGCGUUCCUGAGCUUCAAGUCAUCCUCGACCGGAGGCGGGGGCAGCGGCGGUGGUGGUGGCUCCGGAGGCGGCAGCGCGUCUAAAGGAUCAUGCCCCAACUCGGUGUCACAGCCAAGCAACAGCGGAACCAAUACAGUGACGCUGGCGAUGUACUCGGCUUCGUGCUGCAGCGGCGGUGCAGCCUUUGAAACAGCCACAAUUGGGUCUUUUGGCAUCUGCCACAAGGCCAACGUUGGCUUCAUGGUGGUGGCGGGCUCGCGCUCGCCGCCUGGCACUGGCUCGUCAUGCGGCGGCAGCAACGGGCCGGAUCAGCCUCCCAAGAAGAACGACAACAACGUGCCUGACGCAGACCGUGGGCGCCACAUGUUUGGCCGGGGCAUCCACAUUUGGCUGUAUCCGGACUCGAGUUCGUGCCAGGGAGAAUCGGUCGCCGUGACGCUAUCCGAUGAAGACAGGUGCUAUGGCCUCGGUUCCGGCAACAACCGGGUGGCGUUUGUCAGCUACGACACGGGCAGCCUAGCCGACGGCUCAGGAUCAUCCUCGUCCAGUGGAAGUGGAAGCGGAAGCACAGGUGGAGGCGGAUUUGGGGGCAACUGUGCGGCACCGCCGCAGCCCUUCAGCGACACGACGGUGCAGCUCGUCCGGUACGAGGACGCAGGCUGCUGCCAGCCCUUUGGGACGAUCCAUCUCGGGAACCUAGGCGGAUGCCACAACGCCAUCGACGGAAAGACGAUGACAAGUUUGCCCAGGCGCCAGGAAGCGGCUUGUUCGGCCAGGGCAUCCAUCUCUGGCUGUUUACGGGUGCCGACUGCACGGGGACCUUACACCUUCAUCCAGUUCCCAUCGCCGCAGGGAUGCGUCCCCGGCAGGGGCGGCACCUUCUUGACCUAUCGCAUCGCCAAGCAGAGCUCGUGCAUCGCGCUGGGCAUGGGCUUCCAGGCGUCCAUAAUCAAGUCCCACUACGCCGCGUGGUUCGGGGGCACGGAUGCCUACGCCAGCGCCAUCGUCGUGCCCAACCAGUUCACCAGCGUUUACAAUAGCAACGGCGGCGGCAGCGGAAGCCAGCCGUUCGACCUCAACUUCUUCAGCGACGUGCUGUCGAUCGAUUCCGAGGCACAAGCACAGAAUCGCAGCCUGAGCGGUCUACGGGUGACGGGCUGCGAUGGCUCCGAGGCCCAGCCAAAUCUUCACAUUGUCAACGAUGUGGGCGGCUUGUGGACUUGUCAAAGAGCGACCAACUCAAACGCGGCCUGCUUCUCCGAGAUUGGUUAG